AAAAAUUUAAGUGAAGGUAUGUGACCGCUGUCAUUCCAACUUUUAAGGAAUGGAAUGGAUACCAAGUGUUCAGUCUUCAAAUCAUCAUGAAAGAACUGGAAGAGCGCCAUGAAAUUGCCCGGAUCAACAAAGAACGAGAGGAGAUUGUGUCAAAAUAUGACAAAGGUCGUGAGGAAGGCGCUCAGAUUGACCCCUGGGAGGACCCUGAGUUUGAGGUCUACCAUGUGACUGACAGAUAUGGCUUCAUCCAUGACAAACUUCCAAGGAGAAAUCCAGCCGCAGAGCAAAAGACCAAACAGGUGGAGGCAGAGCGUACACAGAAAUGGCUGAAGAUGAUCAAAACUUGGGACAAGUAUUACGGUGGAGAGAAGUUACAACGGCGUGUGUACAAAGGCAUCCCAGACCGACUCCGAGGGGACGUCUGGUGUCGUUUGCUCAAUGUGUACAAGAUAAAGGCGGAACAACCCAGGGUGUAUCAGCAAAUGAAAGACAGGGCACGGAAUAAGUCACCUGAUAUUAGACAAAUAGACCUUGAUGUCAACAGAACAUAUCGUAACCACAUUAUGUUCCGGGACAGAUACGGUGUCAAACAGCAGGCCUUGUUCAGUGUUCUGGCUGCCUACUCCAUGUAUAACACCGAGGUGGGCUACUGUCAGGGGAUGAGCCAGAUAGCUGCUCUGCUCCUCAUGUACCUGAAUGAAGAGGAUGCCUUUUGGGGAUUGUCACAGUUGUUGUCCAAUCGAAAACAUGCAAUGCACGGGUUCUUCAUACCAGGUUUUCCCAAGCUGCUGAGAUUUCAAGAGCACCAUGAGAACAUUCUCAAGAGCAUGCUACCUCGAGUUUUAAAACACUUGGAUAAGAAUGAUGUCUACACUGGUAUUUACUCAAUAAAAUGGUUUCUUCAGUGCUUUUUAGACAGGACACCAUUUACGCUUACUUUACGGUUGUGGGAUAUCUACAUGCUGGAAGGAGAAAAACUUCUUGUUGGUAUGGCAUAUAAUGUCAUCAAGAUUCACAAACGGAGGAUCCUUAAGCUGCCAAUGGAGGACUUGUUAACCUUCUUCCAAGCUGACUUGGAGAAGAACUUCCACCUGGAUGACGAUUCUGUGGUAGAGCAACUGCAGAUUGCAAUGGAGGAAUUGAGGAAAGCCAAGCUUGACCUCCCUCCUCCUCCAACCGUCAAUGAACUUCCAACUCUGCCAUUUGGCCUUGAAAUCCAACCUAGUAUUCAACAGAUUAUUGGACGCCGGAAUUCUGAAUCCAUUGAUGAACACUUUCGCCGCAACCCUCGAAUGUCUGGAAAACAAGGUUACCGUAAAAAGAGGGGUCAACCGGGGACGCCUGGGGUGGAGACGCGCUCAAUUCAGUCCAGUCGAAAUUCAGAGUACUCUAUCGAUGAAAAGUCUUCAGAGUACGACACAGCUGCUAAUUCUCGCGUCUCUCUGGGGACAGCUCAGAGCUCACGAACUUCUUUUGCUGAUGCGUCGGACGUACCUAGCACAAGUACUACAAUGAGUCGUCAACGCAGCCCACGGGAUGAAAACGACGUAGACACGUUUGACCAGGUGACUUUACACGCAGCUCCGUCUACACACCAGUCGCCCACGCAGAGCACCAAUGUGUUCAAUCACAAUGAUAACUCCCCUGACAAGACCUCUAACCCAGCCUCUGAGGUUUCGGAGUAUGAUAAUGUGAAUGGGUCAUAUGGUGGCAGCCCAGAGCAUUACAAUGAGCAGACAACAGCCUACAAGGUCAUGUCCACCAGUCGAUCCGAUGGUUAUAUUGCGUACCAGCAGAAUGAUGUGAGGGGUGCUGCAAAUGGCCAGUACCAUAUGGUGAAACAAUCAAGCAGCAUGCCAUUCCAGGACGGUGUUACCCACAGCCUGAAGGGCCGCAGGAAAGUGUCCCGUGUGACCGCCAAGGCUCAGAUCAUUGGCCAUCAGAAUGGACACUCUGUCGACCAGUAUGACUCGAGAGGGCGGAGACCAGUGCACAAGAAAUCAGAUAUACCAGCGACAGCUUUUCUCUAAGCAGCUGGCCCAGAAGAGAAAUUUGUUACUCUACUGUUAGUGGCUACCUUAAAGCAUGUGCGUAUUUAACCAGGCUCGUCCCUUCCUCAUGAGUAGUAGAAGUCUCUAUAUGUUAUUGAUAGUGUUAAAUUGCAAACCUUCCUGCUGAACCUGAUGGUGAUGGGAUCCUCAGAGCUCACAAUGUGGGUGCCUGUAGAAGUAAGCUUUAUCAGAAACCUGACUGCAACCUGCAGUACAGUUUGUACAUCAACCUGUGCUAACAGGAUCUUUGAUUGAUCGUCUCUGUACAGCUAUUAGUAAAUGAUUAUAUUACCAGUAUGUUGUAAUGUACAUACAUUUAUUGUUUAUCCUUAAUUCAAGCCAACGCCCUCAGAUCUGCAUAAAAUAAUUGAAAGCGACGUUAAAACUUUCACUCACUCACUCACUCAUAAAAUAAUUGUACAUGUACACAUUGGAGUAACAUGUACUUCCUGUACAGAGAACUGUAAGUCGAUAGUUUAAGUGCUCUCUCUUUUUUUUGUGAUUCCAAAAUUAUACGGUGCAUGUAAAUUACAGUGUAGCAUUAUCUAUAAUUUCGUGAAAUUUUUCACCCAAUUACCUCGAUUUACCGGGGUGAAAAGUAAAUGAAAUUUUAUGAUUUACUUCAAAUCACAUAUAUCACUUAUAACUUCACAUAAUUUUGCACCAGCUGAUAACAGUUUU